AUGGCCAACGCGGAAGCCAUCCAAGUCAGCUCACUGCCGCUACCCCCAGCGCAGUAUAUCAAUCUGUACACGGAUGAAAACAUACGUAAGAACCGUGCACCGAAACCCCCGGCACCGAUACAGGACUCAUACACAAUGUUUGGCAGUCCGUUCAGCAAUGACGAUAACAUAAUACGCCCGCUCGAAAGCCAAGGCUUCAAACGGCUUUACCCGCAACACUUUGACCGACGGAAGGAGUUGAAGAAGCUGAACCAUUCGCUACUGGUCAACUUUCUCGAUCUGAUCGAUCUGCUGGUGCACUAUCCGGACAGUCCCAGGCGGGCGGAGAAGAUCGAGGAUCUCAGUCUGCUAUUCGUGCACAUACACCACCUGCUGAACGAGUUCCGACCGCAUCAGGCCCGGGAAACGUUGCGCGUAAUGAUGGAGCUGCAGAAGCGCCAGCGGAUAGAGACGGCCCAGCGCUUCCAAAAUCACCUGGAAAAGGUGCGGGAGAUGGUGAAGAAUGCAUUCGCUUCCCUGCCCGAUCUAACGGACGCGGACCGGUUUGCCGGUGGGCUGGAACCGAUGGACGUGGGCGAAUCGGGCGAUCUUGCUGGUGGCCGGGGCGAAGGUUGCCAUCCGCUGGACCGGUUAAUGUGUGAAAUUGUGGAUAGAAUGUGA